GGCGGCAGGAAGCGGGGCGGGGACUCGCGGAGGCUGUGGGGAGCGGGAGGGCGCGGCCAACUCCCGGAGGGACGUCAGGCUGCGAGAGCGGCGCCGGGCUCUGGCGCGGAGCCCGAGUCCGCCGGAGGGGAGGCGGCCCCGCCGCGGGCUCGGCCGGGCCCCCGCGCUGCCACCAUGGCCGGCCGGACCGUGCGGGCUGAGACCCGGAGCCGGGCCAAGGAUGACAUCAAGAAGGUGAUGGCGACCAUCGAGAAGGUCCGGCGAUGGGAGAAACGCUGGGUGACCGUGGGCGACACUUCCCUUCGUAUCUUCAAGUGGGUGCCCGUGGUGGACCCCCAGGAGGAGGAGCGACGGCGGGCAGGUGCCGGAGCAGAGAGAUCCCGGGGCCGGGAGCGGCGGGGCAGGGGCACCAGCCCCCGAGCAGGCGGCCCCCUCAUCCUGCUUGAUCUCAAUGAUGAGAACAGCAACCAGAGUUUCCAUUCCGAAGGCUCCCUGCAAAAGGGCACCGAGCCCAGUCCUGGGGGCACCCCCCAGCCCAGCCGCCCUGUGUCACCUGCCGGGCCCCCAGAAGGGGUCACCGAGGAGGCUCAGCCCCCACCGCUGGGCCAAGAGAGAGAGCCCGCGGUCAUGCCUGCAGGCGGGACUGAUGAACCCCCCAUGCUGACCAAGGAGGAGCCUGUUCCAGAACUGCUGGAAGCUGAGGCCCCUGAAGCUUACCCCGUCUUUGAGCCAGUGCCACCUGUCCCUGAGGCAGCCCAGGGUGACACAGAGGACUCGGAGGGCGCCCCCCCACUCAAGCGCAUCUGCCCAAAUGCCCCUGACCCCUGAGAAGCCGGCCGGCCUGCCUGUCCUGUCAUCCCAGGGGCCCCUCUGGCUUUUUACAAAUAAAGUCCCUUUUGUAA